AUGGCGAGCAAAGUAUCGAGAGAUUAUGUUAAAGACAGAGAACAAUUGAAGACUUUCUUCCUGGAGUUUGUUGCAAUGAAUGACAAAAUGCCAGAUAAACAUUUUAAGUACAGACAGCAGCUUACUAAAAUAGCACACAGAGAACAGAUUAGCUUUGAAAUUGAUUUAGAUGAUAUACAGAUGUUUGAUAGUGACUUGGCCACAUCCAUUGUAAACAAUACAAGGAGAUAUACUAAUUUAAUUUUGGAUCUGGUUCAAGAAAUGUUACCUGACUUUAAAGAGAAAACGGUUUUACCUAAGGAUUCUUUAGAUAUUUAUAUGGAACAUCGAUUAGUAAUGCAAGCUCGCAACAGACAACCAGGUGAUGUUCAUGACACCAGAAUACAAUAUGCUCCAGAAUUGAUGCGUCGUUUCGAAGUAUAUUUUAAAGAUUUUUCUGAUACAAAAGCUUAUUCAGUAAGGGAUAUUAAAGCAGAUAAGAUUGGAAAAUUGGUGACUGUUAGGGGUAUUGUUACAAAAACUACUGAAGUAAAACCAAUGGUUGUUGUGGCAACUUAUACAUGCGAUGAAUGUGGUUCAGAAGUGAGCCAACCUAUACAAUCUUUAAGUUUUAUGCCAUUACGGACUUGUCCGAGCGACGGAUGUCGCGUGAAUAAAUCAGGUGGUAGGCUGUACAUGCAAACGAAAGGCUCGAAAUUUAUCAAGUUUCAAGAAAUGAAACUACAAGAACAUAGUGAACAAGUGCCAGUCGGUCAUAUACCACGAUCCUUGACCAUCUUCUGCAGAGGCGAAACAACGAGAAAUUGCAUGCCGGGAGAUCAUGUGAUUGUGACUGGUGUGUUCUUGCCCUUUGUGAAGACUGGUUACAAUGCUAAAUCUGGCCCUGCACUUUCUAGCGAAACUUACUUGGACGCACAUAAAAUAAUAUGUCUUAAUAAUACUGACUCGACCGAUGACAGCAACGCUGAACUAACAGAUGAAGAAUUAAGUUUGCUGAUGCAGGAUGAUUUUUACAGCAAGUUGGCUAGGUCCUUAGCUCCCGAGAUUUACGGGCUCGAGGAUGUAAAAAAGGCAUUGCUAUUGCUACUUGUAGGUGGAACAGACAAGAAGAAAGGCGAUAUCAAGAUUCGAGGCAACAUUAAUAUCUGUUUGAUGGGAGAUCCUGGUGUGGCCAAGUCACAAUUAUUAUCGUACAUUACACGAUUAGCUCCGAGAUCACAGUACACCACCGGAAGAGGAUCAUCAGGCGUAGGUUUGACCGCUGCCAUCAUGAAAGAUCCUUUGACUGGUCAAAUGAUACUGGAAGGUGGUGCUUUAGUAUUGGCGGAUCAUGGAGUAUGUUGCAUUGACGAAUUCGAUAAGAUGGCAGACGCGGACAGAACGGCGAUUCACGAAGUGAUGGAACAACAGACUAUAUCGAUUGCCAAAGCCGGUAUAAUGGCUCGUUUGAAUGCUAGGGUCUCCAUAUUAGCCGCUGCCAAUCCGGCUUACGGCAGAUACAAUCCGCAGAGAACGGUCGAGCAAAAUAUUCAAUUGCCCGCCGCGUUGUUAUCGCGAUUCGACCUAUUGUGGCUCAUUCAGGAUCGUGCGGAUCGAAGUAACGAUCUCAAACUGGCGCAGCACAUCACCUAUGUCCAUCAACAUUGCUCGCAACCUCCGACAGAGACGGAGGCUUUCGACAUGAAACUGAUUAGAAAAUAUAUAAACUUAUGUAAGACGAAAGAACCCACCGUAUCGGAGGAAUUAACAGAAUUUAUCGUGGACUCUUACGUGGAAAUGCGAAAAGAAGCGCGUAACAGCCACGACAAGACAUUCACUUCCGCUCGUAACUUGCUGGGUGUUCUGCGGUUGUCAACGGCGCUGGCACGAUUGCGUCUGUCGAAUGUGGUCGAGAAGGACGAUGUAGCGGAAGCGAACAGGCUCGUUGAAAUGUCCAAGCAUUCCAUCAAUUACUCCGAACACCGUACAAACAUUGCGCAACAGAAUCCGACCAACCGCAUUUUCCAUUUGAUAAGGGAACUCGCCGGUGAUAAGAAGACGGUCAAAGUAUCCGACAUUUUGGAGCGAUGCACGAGCAAAGGGUUUAAACCCGACCCCGUGUACAAGUGCAUCGAGGAGUACGAAGCGCUGAACGUGUGGCAGGUCAAUCAGACCAGGAGAAUGAUUACUUUCAUCUGAUUCGUUAACACGAGGAUCGUGUCUGUCGCUUAUAUUUUUGUAUCUUGAAAGGCGCUCUGCUCUGUGCCAAUGAAAGAAGGUUUGCAUUUUUCUAUUUAACCCACUUAUCUACUCAGUAUACGUUUAUUAUAAUGACAUUAAAUUAAAACAAUAUGCC